AUGUCUGCUUCAAACCGCAAGCUCAAAAUUCUAAUGCUACACGGCUACACCCAAAACGGCACCCUCUUCCACGCAAAAACCCGCGCCCUCGAGAAGAACCUCGACAAAGCCUUUCCCAGCGCCCCAAAACCCGGCUUCUUGCCUUCUUACCCCGGAGGUGUGGAAUUGGUAUACCCAACCGCGCCUUUAAAGCUCAGUGUCAAUGAUAUACCCGGUUAUGAUGUUGAUGGUGCGAAAGAGGAGGAAGAACCAGAGGCUUAUGCGUGGUGGAGGAGAAAGGGUGAUGGAGAGCCAUUUACCUAUGCAGGAUUGGAGCAAGGCUUCGAGCGCAUCGCAGAAGUUAUAAAAGAGCAAGGACCUUUUGAUGGGGCUAUAGGAUUUAGUCAAGGUGGUGCUGCUGCGGGUAUGCUUGCCUCGUUGCUGGAAACAGGGAGACGAGAUGCAUUUGAAAAGCAGCAAGCAAACGGCGGCAUGCGAUACCCUGAGAGCUUUGAACGGGAUACUGGAUACGUGACGGAUGUUGUGCAGGAGCCGUUGAAGUUUUCGGUGAGCUAUAGUGGCUUUGCUGCUGCUCCUAAUGAUCUGUACACUGCUUUCUACGAGCCGAAGAUCCAGACGCCCAUGUUGCACUUUAUUGGCAGUGUGGAUACCGUUGUGGAAGAGUCGAGAAGUCUGCGUCUUGUGGAUGCUUGCGUCGCAGGCAGAGGUGUCGAGGGUGGUGUCGCUAGACUGGUCUAUCACCCCGGCGGUCACUUCUUGCCUAGCAGUCAGAAACAAUAUGUCGCGGCAUUGGUGGCAUUUAUCAGAGACGUGGUCGGCAGCCCGCCGGAGGAUUCUCUAGAAAAUAAGGGAGACAAGGUCGAGGACAUGGAUAUGCCGUUUUGA